UCGAGAUCGGGUCUGGGUGGCGCGGAUCAGGCCUGGGGCGGCAGCGGGGGCGCAGUUGGUGGUGGCUGUGGCGCGAGGCAGUAUGACUUGAGGCCGUGACCAUGGAUUUUUCUCGGCUUCACAUGUACACCCCUCCUCAGUGCGUGCCCGAGAACACUGGCUACACCUAUGCCCUCAGUUCAAGCUACUCUUCUGAUGCGCUGGCUUUCGAGGCUGAGCACAGACUGGACCCCGUGUUCGAUUCUCCAAGAAUGUCCCGCCGUAGUCUGCGGCUGGUCACCACCACGUGUGCUGUGGAGGAUCGCCAGGCUGGGGAUGCUCACUCCUGCACCAACAGCGCUGUGUCCCUGGAAGACCGCGUGGCCAGAACAGUAAAACAGCGCAGGAGUGCAAGCAAGCCAGCUCUUAGUGUAAACCAUAGCUCGAGGAAGGCUGUGUCCUGUGCCGCAGGCCGGAGUGUCGCUAGCACGCUGUCAGGGGCGGCCUGCCUGCGGCCUCCCGUGCUGGAUGAGUCUCUGAUCCGUGAACAGACCAAAGUGGACCACUUCUGGGGUCUUGACGACGAUGGAGAUCUUAAAGGUGGAAAUAAAGCUGCCACUCAGGGAAACGGGGACCUGGCAGCAGAAGGCACCAGAAGCAACGGCUACACGUGCAAUGACUGCCUCCUGCUGUCCGAGCGCAGGGACACUCUCACUGUGCCCUCGGCCCCCCAUGGGGCGUCGCCGAGGCUGUACUCAAGGAACAUGAGUCAGAAACAGGAGUCUGUCGCUUUGAAAGGCGGUGCGCCUUUCCACACGGAUAGGAUUUUGUGGCUGGCCAAGAACACUUCGUCAUCCUUGUCAUCAUUCUUAGUCCAGCUUUUUCGAGUGGUUUUAAUGAAGCUCAAUUAUGAAUCAGAAAAUUACAAAUACAAAUUGAAAAGUUACGAAUCAAAAGAACGUGAAUCAAAAAGCUAUAAAUCAAAAAGCCAUGAAUCAAAAGCUCAUUCCAGUCACUGUGGGACAGUGCAUGUAGGAGGGCUUCUCAGAGAGGACGGCCACCUCAGUGUGACAGGGGAGUCCUUGUGUGAUGACUGUAAGAGGAAGGAACUCCUUGAGACGCACACAGCUGUCCGCUUGCAGUCCUCGAGUCCUAAAAGGGUAGCAGGGGCCAUUUGGCACAUCUUUUCUUAUGCAGGUCACCUGCUGGUGCAGACGCUGCGAAGGAUCGGCGGCUGGGGAUGGUCUGUGUCGAAGACACUGUUGUCGGUCCUCUGGUUGGCUGUGGUGGCUCCAGGGAAGGCAGCCUCUGGAAUAUUCUGGUGGCUAGGGAUUGGAUGGUACCAGUUUGUUACUUUGAUUUCCUGGCUGAAUGUGUUUCUUCUUACAAGGUGCCUUCGAAAUAUCUGCAAGUUUUUAAUCUUGCUCAUUCCAUUAUUACUUUUACUAGGUGCAGGUCUGUCCCUGUAUGGCCAGGGGGACCUCCUCUCAGGCCUGCCUGUAUUCAACUGGACGCGCGCGUACGGAGCCUGGUGGGUGGGCAGCCCCGAAAGCACGUUCACACCAGAUGCGUCUCACCUGCACCGGCCGCUGGAGGAGGGAGACCAGGCUUACCACUGGCAUCGGAUGAGUGAAGUGGAAAGGGAGAUGACCUUGCUGUCUGGACAGUGUCGCAGCCACGACGAGAAGCUUAGAGAACUGGCUGCUGUGCUUCAGCAUCUGCAGGCGCGGGUGGACCAGAUGGACGGCGACACCGAGGGGACACUGUCCUUGGUUCAGCGUGUGGUAGGGCAGCACUUGAAGGAAAUAGGUGCCGACAGACUGUCGGGCUCUCAGAGUGACGCUGUGACUGUCCGCCAAGAGCAAGAGUUGCGCCUCUCCAACCUAGAAGACCUUCUUGGAAAGCUGACGGAGAAAUCUGAGGCCAUCCAGAAGGAACUAGAACAGACCAAGCUGAGAACAGCUAGCGGCGCCGAGGAAGAGGAGCGCCUCCUUUCUGUGGUCACGCACCUGGAGCUGGAGCUCAGUCGGCUGAAGUCCGAACUGUCCAGUUGGCAGCAUCUGAAGAGCAGCUGUGAGGAGGUCCGUAGCAUCCACGGAAAGGUAGAUGCCCAGGUCCGAGAAACCAUCAGACUCCUGUUCUCGGACGGGGAGCAGGGCGGGUCCCCAGACUGGCUGCUGCAGGCGCUGUCUUCUCGGUUCGUGAGCAAGGACGACCUGCAGGCUCUGUUACGGGAUUUGGAGCUGCAGAUCCUGAAGAACAUUACGCACUACAUCUCCGUGACGAAGCAGGUUCCGGAUUCUGAAACUGUGGUGUCUGCUGCCAAGGAGGCGGGGGUUUCGGGAAUCACGGAGGCGCAAGCACGCGUCAUUGUCAACAAUGCUUUAAAGCUGUAUUCCCAGGAUAAGACUGGCAUGGUGGACUUCGCUCUGGAGUCUGGCGGUGGGAGCAUCCUGAGCACACGCUGCUCUGAGACAUACGAGACCAAGACUGCGCUCAUCAGCCUCUUUGGGAUCCCGCUCUGGUAUUUCUCACAGUCCCCACGCGUCGUGAUCCAGCCUGACAUCCAUCCAGGUAACUGCUGGGCGUUCAGAGGCUCGCAGGGCUACCUCGUGGUCCGGCUCUCCAUGAAGAUCCGCCCCACCACCUUCACCCUGGAGCACAUACCGAAGACCCUUUCGCCCACGGGCAACAUCACCAGCGCCCCCAAGGACUUCGCCGUCUAUGGAUUAGAAAAUGAAUACCAAGAGGAAGGGCAGCUUCUGGGACAGUUCGUGUAUGAUCAGGAAGGGGAAUCACUCCAGAUGUUCCACGUUCUGAAGAGACCUGACGGAGCUUUCCAGAUAGUAGAGCUUCGGAUUCUCUCCAACUGGGGCCAUCCUGAGUACACGUGUCUCUAUCGGUUCAGAGUUCAUGGAGAGCCGGUCGAGUAGAGACCCUCCUGUGGUUCUUGUACAUUUUGUAUAUAUGGGGACAGCCUCAAACACUGGAGCCCUUCCUGAACCAGGCACCCGGAGCAUCGGGAGGAUGUCACCCCUCAAUAAACGCUGCCGACUGCCAGUGGGGGCUGACGCCCAGCUUGCUCUUCUGUCCGCAGGAAACCCUGCCUGGCGAAUGCCUGGCUUCCCCGAGACCAGCUGGCCACGGCGCGUCUCUGCGGGAAUCCGGCGGAAUGCGUAGUUGUUCUGGGGUUUGUUUUUGAACAGAAAGCUCUUGAUACUUGUAUGCUCUCGGCAUCAGGAACAGAGAUAGUGAAGUUAAAGGUCAAAGUGUUCUUGAAGGUUUGAUAUUUAGCCUUUCACUGGCCCGUCUAAAGGACUUUGGGGGCAGACCUGUUCCAUCCAGCACACAUUUCUUUCAGGGAAAAACGUCACCAAAUUUCAGAGUUCUGAACUCCUUUCCUUUAGGAGAGGGCUGCUUCUUUAUUCAGCAUCAGUAGUUAGUUUAAGUUCCCAGGUGGAGGAAGGGAAUAAUUUUUUCUACUUAGUUUGCUCCUGCUUGAGAAAGACUUUCAGAGUCAGGCCUGGGUGUGUUGUUUCUGUUCAGAAUCCGGGAUGGGUUGGUUUGUUGUGGGCUUGAAGUGGGUCUGAUUUGAGAAGGGUGGUGGUCUGGACCUCAGCCAGUGCUGGAACAGAGGGCUCAAGUCUCAGCAAGUCUCCGCCCUUUGGGGCCACCCUGGAAUUGGACCUCACAGUGUCCAUAGGAGCCCAGAAAUCCAACCUUGGGGAUGUCAUCAGGUUUUGUUUUAAAUCUUGCUGCAAAGUUGAACACUAAUGUGCUCCCAGUCUUUCAGAAUCUUCAGUUUUUACUCUACUGAUGGUUCUCCAAGGACACUGUCCAGUGUGGCAAAUUCACCAUUAUGUUGUAGGUUUAUAAUUUUUCUUACGGCGGCACUUUUCUUCCUGGCUUUCGUCAGGAUUUGCCUCUUAAUACAAAUGUCGGCCAUUCUCAAUUCCUAGGAGACUUGUUUUGUUUAUAAUUAAUAUUUAAUAUUUAGACUAUUUUACUGAGCAGACUUUAUAAAUGAGAUAUUUGCAAGGCACUUAAAGUGUUACAGAUGUUUUAAAAAUUAUUUAAGUUUUAUUGGGUUAAGACCGUUCUUUCCGUGUUCUCAUAAACACUGUAUUUUCAGAAACAGAAAGUGAUGGUGCUGACUGGGGUUUUAUGUGUACUGCACAACUGUCCUCAACUCCAUAAAGUAGCAUUUUUUUUCACUUUUAGAAUUGGGACUCAAUAAUGCCUAUGCAGUUUAGUUGGAUAAAAUGUAUACAGAUGUUUCAGAUAUUACAGGAUAAAUAUAUAAGUCAAAAAUUUCCUAUAUAAAACUAAAUUUGGGAGUUGGGGUGGAAAUAUUUUGAAUAUUUAUUUUUAAAGAUGCAGAAUAGGACUUUGUGCACGGUAUUUUUGUAAAUGCUUUUCAAAAUACUUGUCUUUGGUAGUGCUGCUUUUGCUGCCACCAAAUUGAUAAGAUGCUAUUGAAAUGUUUAAAUAAAGAGUUUAAAUUUUUAAAA